UUGGCGCCUCCAUCCUCAGAUAGUGGGCCUGAUAUGGAUGAGAUUCGGACAGGCAAUCGUAGAUCUAUUCGCCUCGCGCGAAAACAGCCAUUGUCCUAUGUUCUUCUCGCUAAUGGACUUGGAUGCGCCCCUCGGGGUAGAUGCACUUUUCCUCCCCUGUGCUUGAUAAUUCCUACACUGGCCAGGGUGAGGGAGAAGGGCCUGUCUCUCAUUCUGAUAGCACCCAGGUGGCCCAAAGCACCGUGGCUGGCAGAGAUAAUUCCUUUGUUAUAUGCCCAGCCGUGGUGCCUCCCCCUCCGCACAGAUCUAUUAUCUCAAGCGAACGGGGAGAUUUAUCACCCCCACCCGGACAGGGUGGCUCUCUGGGCCUGGCCCGUGAGAGGACAAACUUAAAUGCACUAGGGCUUCCCCCGAGUGUGGUUGCUACUAUACAGAAUGCUAGGGCCGUUUCUACACGAUCCUUAUAUGGUUGUAAGUGGCAAGUGUUUGAAGGGUGGUGUGAUGGGCGUGGUCUCACAUCAUAUCAGUGCUCAGUUUCUGAUAUUUUGUGUUUUUUACAAGACCUUAUGGAUAAAGGCAGGUCUUUUUCCACUAUGAAGGUCUACCUGGCGGCUAUAUCGGCCUGUCAUGUGGGCUUUGAGGGCUCAAUGGUCGGGCAGCAUCCUCUAAUCUGCAGAUUUAUGAAGGGUGCUCGUCGUUCCUUGCCAGUCAUCAGGAAAACUGUUCCUGAAUGGGACCUCUCCAUGGUGCUGGAGGCUUUGUCUCUGUACCCCUUUGAGCCCCUGGGAAGUAUUUCCCUGAAGUUAAUGUCCUUCAAGACGGCUUUGCUCUUGGCUUUGGCUUCAGCUAAACGUGUCAGCGAGCUACAUGCACUCUCUGUUCAUCCCUCGUGCACUAAAUUCUCUCUUAGUGGAGAUAAGGUUUCUCUUAAGCAUAACCCAGCUUUUAUGCCUAAGUGCUUCCCUGCAUUCACAUCGGAGGUGUUGGAGCUGUCCGCUUUUCACCCUCCACCUUUUUCCUCCACGGAGGAUCAGAGGCUGAAUGCUCUGUGUCCGGUACGUGCAUUACAGACAUAUAUUACCAGGACCGGUGCUUUCCGGAAGAGUGACCAGCUCUUUAUUUCAUGGGCAUCCCCUCACAAGGGGAGCCCCAUAUCUAAGCAACGCCUCUCACAUUGGCUUGUGAAUGCUAUUGCUUUGGCAUAUGAAUCUAAGGGAGUGCAGCCCCCAGGUAACAUCAGAGCUCAUUCCACGAGGGGCUUAGCCGCCUCUUGGGCUUUGUUUAGAGGUGUGUCACUGCAGGACAUCUGCUCUGCUGCCAGUUGGGCUUCUCCACAUACAUUUGUGCGUUACUACCGACUGGAUGUUACCAAAACCUCGGUAGCACAUUCUGUUUUAGGGGUGGGGUCUUCAUAGCCCUCCUUGUUACCCUCUCCUCUCCCUUCCUAUUUACACAUUGUGGUAAAAGAACUAAGGGUGUGUGGGCCGAGAGGCCACGCACAUUCAUGUCACCAAGCAUGCAUUUAUAUUCCUGCCUGGGUGUUUAUAUUCAUAUUGCUGGGUUUAUUUACAUGUGUGUGCUUCAUACAUGUUUCAUGUCCUGCCUGUGCACAGCUGUCAUGUGUGUGCAUCAGGGUUGCCAGGUGCAUGAUUAUGGGACGUGUCAGGCACCGCCCCCUUGGGGUGACCGUCCUUCUCUGGCUUACAGAACUUCACUGUGAGUGUAUUGGGCAAUCGGGGAGCUGUCCAUGUCUCUCCCAUAGGUGGAUCUCGAACACGAGAUUAUGAAAGAGAACAAUAGGUUACUGUCGUAACCCCGGUUCUCUGAAACAUCGAGUGGAGAGAUCCACCAGCUUUGCCCCGCUUGCUGCACGAGAAGCGAAUAUACUUACUGAAGAAUAGCUGCGCGUACGGCUAUAUAUGCUCUCAGGUAAGGGGGUGGUGCCUUACCUGGCAUUGGCUACGCGCUGGUCAGGUACGGAUGCCCUUCCCAUAGGUGGAUCUCUCCACUCGAUGUUUCAGAGAACCGGGGUUACGACAGUAACCUAUUGAUUUGUUUUAACUCACUUUUUAUCCAACACAAAUGUUCCUUGUUUUAUUAAAAGUACUAAUGGACAAAUAAAAUAGAUAACUUAUGUCUGUCUAGUUAAGUGUACAUUUGUUUAUUUACAUUACUUGCAUUCAUAUAAACAGUGUUGACAACAGUGAAUUUUACAUAAUAGCACACACACACAUCACUCAUGGAACAUAAUCCAUCAUGCAUAAGUCAUAAUACUUUAUAUAUUCUUAAUAUUUUCCUGUCAGAUGUUAAAUAAACAUUUAGUAAGCAUCUUUAAAAUGUAUCCUCUUCGGAGAAUUAAGUUAUGUGUGUUUACUAGAGCUCUCCUGUUAUCUAUACAUAAUAAAUCGUGUUUUACAGUAAAAUCACAACUAUAGUGUCUUGCAUCUUUACACAUUCAGCAGUUUACUCUACAGUAGUUCAACAAAUGU